CGCGGUCACACUGGAUACAUUGCUACUGCAUACACGAAAAUAAUUUGUCCAAAUAGUGCAUGUUUUGAAACAUUUUCUGUAUGUGUUUAGCACGAAAUUCCAGUUGAUCCAGCAUUUAUUGCUAGCGACUGACUCUGUCCAGUGUCCACUUGUUUGUUAUGAAUAUAUCGAAAGUGACAACAUCGCUUGCUGCUGCGGCUGCUGCCGCCGAAAAGGCAAAACCCGAACGUGUAAUAUCCGCAACCGCAGCGCUAAAUUUUAAUGCAAUCAAUAUACAGAAGCGCACCAGCAUCGACGAUACCGAAGAUCCUAAUCGCAAGAAACUGAAAACCGAAUUUCUGCUUUGCCCGCCAUCCACUAGUUUGCCCGCCAAACAACAACAGCUAAUACAGCAACAGAAACACCACCAGCACCACCGAGAACAGCAGCGUGCUGUCGUCGCAGGAGGGUCCGUGAAAGCAACGUCACUGGCAUUCCAAGUAACAGCUGCGGCUGCAGCCUCAAAACAAACAUCCACUGUCUCCGAGAAGUCUACAGUUGACCAAUACCAGCAGCAACACCAGCAAGUGGAGCAAGGUGACACCGAGGAUGUCUGGGAUCCGCGCGAGGAUCAGAUUAUAGUAUGUAACUUUGCUGCUAACGCUGAAAUGAGUGCCUUAAUCAAGCCUGAAGAAGUGCUCGAGGGUGGCCAAAAGCAAAGUUUCACAAGCUUUACCAAAAAGGAGGCCGUCUGUCCGUCGUCUGCAUCUUCUUCUUCAUCGAUGGCCUCCACUAUUUCGAUCGAGCCGAGUGGAGGAGCCGAGCAUGUCGAGCAAGCCAACAAGACAGUGUUGUCAUCUGCUGCUGUUGAGGAGCUGGACUACGCCCUGUUGCCAUCCUCGGCACCUGAGCAAAAGGUGGUGCCCGAAAACUCAACCAUCGUGUCGGUCUCAGCCGUUAGCGCGGUGACCACAUCUUCAGUCUCCCCUGUCACUGUCACCUCAUCCACAACAUCUACAAUAAUACUGAAUGCGAGCACUACGAACAAUGGAGGCGGAUCGGGACCAGGCGUGGCUGGUAGCACUAUAAUGAACCAGAAGUCCUCACCGGCUAACUACAAUAUAUUCAGUGCGACGACUGCAAGUGGCCAGCAGCAAGUAAGCCACCAGCCCACGUUGCUAAACCGCGUCAAUAUCCAAUCCAAGAUGAAGGGCACCCAGCUGGUGGUUAACACGAAAAAACUGUCCGAGGUCACCCAGACAACGGCCAAGGUCUCCAUAGGUAACAAGACGAUCUCCGUGCCGCUGCUAAUGAGUGCUAGUGGGGCGGCUACAGCUGGUGGCGCCACCAUCGUCGAGAGCAAGCAAAUUAUGCAACCCGGCGGUCAGGUGACCGCCGUGGCUAGCGUUGCCCCCUCCGGGCAACAGAGUUCGGCGCAUCAGCACCAUCCCCAGCACCAGCACCUCAAUUACACAAAGCUGAUCAAGCGCGUGCCUAAAAACCCCACCACGAUCGUUUCGUUCUCGGGCCUUCAGAUCAAGCCGGCCAACACCAAAAUAGUCACCGCCAAGGUGGUCAGCAAGAAAAUGUCCCUGCAGAUCCAGCAGCAACACCAGCUACAGCAGGUCCAGCAUCAGCAGGCGCAACAGCUGGUGAACAGCGCGAGUAUGGCCCCCGCCACGGCUAGCAUUGUGUCGAUAACCACCACGAAUCCCAACCAAACAUUCGCCAUGGUUAAGGAAAAGCUGCACGAAGCCACCGAGAUUAUCGACACGACGCACGAGUCGGGAGUCGGGGUCAACGUCAACUCUAGUCGCAAUCCAACCACCAGACUGGCUGGCCACAAGAUAGCCUACAGUGACAACAUCUUCAACAAGUCGAAAUCGCAGGACUCUGGAGUCGGCGACGAGUUUGGAAACAGCGUCGUGAUAAAGCCCCUGGACAAAGUCAGUCACAACUGCUCGCCCAGCCUUAAUACCUUCAAGCAGCAGCCUGUGCCAGGGGGAGCGGGGGUGGCAGCCGUCGCCCUAAAUCAGACAACUGGUACGGUUCCUGUCACGGUGACUAUGACAUCAUCCGCCUCCGGCAGCGCCCCUGACCAGAUGACCAACAGCACCUCCUCCGUCUCAGUGUCGUCCAUACUCAAUGAGGCUGUAGCCAAGUCGACGGCGGGGACAAUCUGCAUCAACACUCCGGGGAUGGGGGCCCGGCCCAUCAUCUCCAUACAGAACAAAAACAUAUCCCUGGUGCUCUCUAAGACGACGAUGGCCCAGCAGAAGCCCAAGAUGAUCACCACCACCGUCAGCAGCUCCGCGCUGCAGAUGCACCACGCCCUCAACCAGGACCCGUAUUCGGCAAAACAAUCCCCCUCGUCGUCAUCAUCGACAUCACCGUCGGCAUCAGUAGUUUCAGUGUCAGUGUCCACGCCAGCUCCAAUGCAGCUAAAGCUCACGUCGGUUCCCUCUGUGGUAGGAUUGGGACUGGGCGUGGUCACCACACCAGCCACCACGCCAACCAAAUUGGGUGUAAGCCUAGCGGCGGCAGAGGCACUGCCCUUCUCGAUUAUAGUCCCAAAGCUAGAUGAGUUGUGCAACGAACCCAAGACCAAUCUGCUGGCCAAGCAGAAGGCAAUAGUCAAGGAUGCCCCCGUCGCUCCGCCUACGGCUCCGCUGGCUGAACAGGCCGGCGAAGUCCUAGUCGCGCCGGAGAAGCGUCUGAAUGCCACAACCACCCUGACAGCCAACACAGCCGCAGCUUCAGCUCCCGACCCACCUACAACCACGCAAACGGUGACGAGCGCAACCAUACCUACGCCUACACCCACAGCCACACCCACAAACGCAGGCACUGAAGCAAGCGGCGGUGCAUCUGCGGCAGCUACAGGUAACAGUAGCCAGCGUCUCAACUCUGAUGACUCGAACAACGCACUGCUGAAGCAGCUGCUUCAGAACAGCAGCAGCAGCCACAGCCACAAUCUCAAUCAAAUCAGCAUCAACUCCGCCCACGUCGCCGCCAGCACAGCGCCACUGUCUGCCCGCAAGGUGAUCAACGUGCGGGCCCCGAGCAUGGGCCUAGUCAGCUCCCUGGAGGCGCAGUUGGCCCGUCCCGUCAUUCCGCCGGUGCCAGCGGCGGUAAGCAGUAGUGGCGGAUCCGUGGCCACGCCCACAACCACCACCACAGUGGCAAACGGGAAUGGGAACUUCAGCCAGCAGUCGACUGCUGCCGGACCAUCUGCUCCGCCUGUCGCUCCAUCUGUUGCCGCUUCUGCCAGCGCCCCAAAUUCUGCGACUACUGAAGCUCCCGUUCCUCCAAUGAAUGCCGUUGCGGAGCUAGAGCAGCAGAUUUCGGUGGUGCAGCAAUCCUCGAUGGCCCAGCAGGCACUAGCACAACCACAACCAACACCCCCGCCACCAGCAGCCCAGCAACAGAUACAGCAUCAACCCCAACACCAAGUGAAGCAAACCGUUCAGAUUGUGUCCAAGGAGACUUCGUUCAUAUCCACACCUCCGACACAGCACGCAGCUCUAUCAAUAGGAGAUAGGAAGCUGACGGAGUCUUCGGGAUGCACAUCGUCAAGCAAGCCGGCAGAGUUCUUGCCACCGCCGCCGUAUGAGCUGGCCACCGCUCCAGUUUCCAAUGUGACAAUCUCUAUAUCCACCAAGCCCUCGAAGGAUUUGAAUCUACAUAUAAAGCACAAGUCCGCUUCCGCGUCCAUGUCCAUGCCAAUGGCAAUGGAGCAAGAGUCCCUGGGUGUACCCUUAUCAGAGCAGGCUGAGCAGCCGCCAACCACCUCGGACAACUUAAAGACAGCAGCAACAUCAGCAGCAGUACACGCUACAGCAUUAGCCGGAGCAGGAGCGGGUGCGGCAUCAAUAACAAACAGCUGGAGCAGACAGAUCCAGAACAACAACAGCAACAUUCACAUUGAGGCGGGAAUAGGACAAAUCCUGGCCCCCCAUAAAAUAACCUUUAAGUCGGGUGAGGCGCAGAAGAGGAAACUGCCCAUGCAGUCGCAUCCCCUGCUUGGGGAGAAGGACCAGCUACAGCACAUCCACCCUGAUGCCUCGCACAGCAAUGAUAUGAUGCAUAUGCAAAUGCAACUGCCUGGGGCGGUAGGUAUGAAGCCGCUGCCACCCGGUACCAAUUCCGCCGUACCCCCAGGAUCGGAGUCAAACAAGUUGCAGCUUAUUUCAGCUAUAACCAGCUACGUGAAGAAAACUGGGCAGCCAGGAGAGGCGCCCCACCAGGCACAGAUGCAGUCUCAUAUCCAGGGCCAGAUGCACGUACACCAGCAGCAGCAACAUCAGCAGCAAGUGCAGCUGCAGGUUUCUCAUUCCCAUGCUCAGGCGCAUCCCCAAUCCCAUCCGCAGCCCAAUCCUCAGAGCGGGCCAAUGGUUAUGGAACCCAAGGCAGGGGACCAGCGCAAGCGACGGAAACGCGACGUGCAGAAACCACGGAGGGGCAAUCACAGCGCUGGGCAGUCGGCCAACAGUCCCAAGGAUCUGUCCGGGACGCUGCCAGCAGGUGCGAUGGUGCAGCUGGCCCGCAUGCCCCCAGGAACCCAGUACAUACAGGGAUCACCCGGCACCGGACAUGUCGCCUCGGGAGUCGUCGGAGUUGGUUGCGGAAGCGGAGGAGGAAGCAGUGCCGCCGCCUCACACAUGUUGAAGAAGAGAGUGCGAAAGUUCUCCAAAGUUGAGGAGGACCACGAUGCAUUUACCGAGAAGCUAUUGACGCACAUCCGCCAGAUGCAACCGCUUCAGGUACUCGAGCCUCACCUCAACCGCAACUUUCACUUCCUUGUUGGGAACAGCGAGAUGGCGGGCGCAGGAACAGGCUCAGGAUCGGGAAGAUGCAACUCUGGCAACGGCAAGCUAAAGUCAAUCGGAUCCCAACCCAGGGGUUGGCCGCUGGAGGAGUGUGACGGAGCGCAGCUGGGGCACUUCGGUCGGGUGCGGCAUCCCAGUAUUCCCUCGCUGUAUGACAGCGAACGCUUCGGCGGAAGCGGUGGCCCUGCAGGAGGAUCUGCAUCCCCAUCGGGGACUCUGGGGGGAGUAGAGGGAAAGUCGCAGCCCAUGUCCAACAUCCAAAACGACUUCUACGACCAGGAGUUCUCCACCCACAUCGAUCGGAAUCCCAGCGAGCGGCUGCUUCGGCACAUCGGUGCCGUGAAGGACUCCAAUCUGGAGACCAUUGAGCUGGUGGAGGGCGAAUCAGUGACCGCUUGGACGGCCCUUCCUCGACUCACCCGCUUUCCGGGCCUAAUUCUGCUGAACAACAACAGUCGUUGCCACGGCCGGAUGUCACCAGUGGCUCUGGCCGAGGAUCCCCUUUCCAUGCGGAUGCCCACUUCUCCCCUGCUUCGAAACUGCGCCGAGGAAUUGCGAAAGGGCCAGCAAAUGGAAAUGGGAUUGGGAGGCGGAUACACCCACAGUCAAGGCAGCCUCAACAGCAACAGCAAUAGCAAUAGCAACAACAACAACAACAACUAUCAGCAGAAAAACCAAAAUGUGAUACUCUCGCUGCACUCAUCGACGACGGACAACAUAGCCGGCGUGCUACGGGAUCUGGCCAAUCUGCUACAUCUGACGCCCGCUCUCACAUGCAAGCUCAUCGAGGAGAAGGCGGACCCAAAGACUGGCGCCGAGCCUAGCCUCGAGCAGUCAAAGGGCAAGGGAGCCAGCGACGAGGAUGAGGAGCAGGCGGAAAAGGAGCCAUUCAAGCGGCCGCACUCCGUGAGCAACGGCCACCUGAGAAAGAUACUCAAUGGGCGGCGAAAGUUGUGUCGGAGCUGUGCCAACGUCGUCCCAUCGAGCGGGCUGCAAGUGCCCAACCAGAGCAUGCCUCCGCUGGAGGAACAGCUGCCCCGGCUGGCCCAACUAAUGGCGCUACUGCCCCGGAAGACGCCACCUCCUCCGUUCUUUUACUUCUGCAAUCGCGCCUGCCUGACUAUGUUUAAGUGGAGCGAGAAGGAGACUCAGGCGAAAGCCGAGGCGGCCAGCAUCUCUCUGCUCACGGCCAGCGGGUCCUCGAAAAGCAUCUUUGCAUCAGGCUCGAGUCCGCCCGUUCCCCAAGAUAAUGUGGUGAAGACGGAGCCGCCGGAGGAGGAGAUGGAUGCGAAGCAGAACCAGCAUACCAGCGACACCCCUGCGACCCCACUACAGCGUAAAUGUAUCGUAAAAUGUUUUAGCAGCGACUGUUUCGCCACGGAAUCUUCCACGGGCGCGAACAUCAAUCAGGAGUGGAACGAGGCGGUGACUUCAUUCGCCGCUCCGAGCUACACAGUGUGGGAAACGGAUGUGGUCAGCCACUUGGAGGACACGCGCCAGUGCGUCUUCUGCAAUCAACGCGGCGAUGGCCAGGCUGACGGACCCUCACGUCUGCUUAACUUCGAUGUGGACAAAUGGGUGCAUCUCAACUGUGCCCUGUGGUCGAACGGUGUGUACGAAACGGUGUCCGGGGCCCUGAUGAACUUCCAGACUGCGCUGCAGGCAGGGCUAAAUCAGGUGUGCAGCGCCUGCCACCAGCUGGGAGCGACAAUUAAAUGCUUCAAGUCGCGCUGCAACAACCUCUACCACCUGCCCUGCGCCAUCCGGGAGGAGUGCGUCUUCUAUAAGAACAAGUCCGUUCACUGCAGUGCCCAUGGCCAUUGCCACACCCAAAACCAUGCAAGCAGUGGAAGCGCCAAUGCCAGUAUCGCGGCUGGGUCUGGCUCUGGCUCUGGAGCCGCUAUCGGGACAAUAGAGAACGAGCUAAGCUCUUUCAUUGUGCACCGUCGGGUGUUCGUGGACCGCGACGAAAAUCGUCAGGUUGCCACCGUCAUGCACUACACGGAGCUGAGCAACCUGCUCCGGGUGGGCAACAUGACGUUUCUCAACGUGGGCCAACUGCUGCCCCACCAACUGGAGGCCUUCCACACGCCCCAUUUUAUAUAUCCAAUUGGCUAUAAGGUGAGUCGCUACUAUUGGUGCGUGCGGCGUCCGAAUCGACGUUGCCGGUACAUCUGCUCCAUAGCUGAGGCCGGCUGCAAGCCUGAAUUCCGGAUCGUGAUUCAGGACGGCAGCGACAAGGAGCCGGAGCGCGAGUUCCAGGCCAGCACGCCAUCGGGGGUGUGGCAACAGAUCCUGCAACCCAUCACCCGCCUGCGGAAGAUGCACAAGUGGUUGCAGCUCUUCCCGCAACAUAUCAGCGGCGAGGACCUGUUCGGGCUAACGGAGCCAGCCAUUGUGCGCAUACUGGAGAGUCUGCCCGGGAUCGAGACGCUCACUGACUACCGAUUCAAGUACGGUCGUAAUCCGCUGCUGGAGUUCCCGCUGGCCAUCAAUCCGUCCGGUGCCGCCCGAACUGAGCCCAAGCAACGUCAGCUGCUCGUCUGGCGCAAACCGCACACGCAGCGGACUGCAGGCAGCUGCAGCACCCAGCGCAUGGCCAACUCGGCGUCGAUUGCCGGGGAGGUUGCCUGCCCUUACAGCAAGCAAUUCGUCCACUCCAAGAGCUCCCAGUACAAAAAGAUGAAGCAGGAAUGGCGCAACAAUGUAUACUUGGCCAGGUCAAAGAUUCAGGGCCUGGGGUUGUAUGCGGCCCGGGAUAUCGAGAAGCACACCAUGAUCAUCGAGUAUAUUGGGGAGGUCAUUCGCACCGAGGUCUCCGAGAUACGAGAGAAGCAGUACGAAUCUAAGAAUAGGGGCAUUUACAUGUUCCGUCUUGACGAGGAUCGCGUCGUAGACGCCACUCUGAGCGGCGGCCUGGCUCGCUACAUUAACCACUCGUGCAAUCCCAACUGUGUGACGGAAAUUGUUGAGGUCGAUCGCGAUGUGCGAAUUAUAAUAUUCGCCAAGCGUAAAAUAUAUCGGGGCGAGGAGCUCUCUUAUGACUACAAGUUUGACAUUGAGGACGAUGCACACAAGAUACCGUGCGCCUGUGGCGCUCCCAACUGUCGCAAGUGGAUGAACUAAUCACAGAAGAAACUGCAACAGCGAGCACCAGCACAAACCAACCCACAUGGGAGUUCCCCCCGUGAACCGGAACUUCUCAGCAAAUAUAAAUUCAUUCUCUGAACAUUUUAGAUCAUGUAAAUAUAUAUAUUUAUAUAUAGUUAUAUGUAUGAAUACGUGCUUUUGUAGAUCAUUGGACCCUGUAAGCUAUGUAUUUUACAUGUGCCUCCGCCCACUGUAGCUAAUUUGUAAUCCUUAAUCAUUUAUCACCCAUAAGCAAUGAGACAGGGCACAAGAAAGUGAAAGAAGGGGAAAAUGGACAGCGUUGUCAUAGUUUGAAGUGCUCAACUGUAAACAUUAUUGCACCACAUCCCACCCCCAGCACCACGACCACAAAGAGCACAGAGAGAUAGGCCCUAGCCCUGGCUAGUGCCCCCACUUGACGUUAUGCGUGGUGUGCCUUCCUUUUUGUUUACCAUUAUUAUAUUAUCAUAACAAUUAUUACUUUUCGCAAUCUUAAAAUGGCCAUUAGAAGGUGGACACAUAAAAGCGGGACAUGUUUCUUAACAGGUGUAGUAGUAAAUGUAAUGUUCACAACCUUCAUUGAAUACGUAGAAACACGAAUAUAUAUAUUGUAUUUUAUUUCAUUUAACUAUUUCGCCUUUACAUUAAGCUUAUUAAGAAAGCGUUUUUUUCAUCUCCAUAAGUGUUAAGUAAAUUUUAUGCAACAAUUAUAAAAUCA